UCGUUAGUGAGUUCCAUGGACGUCUUGAUUAGCUCCGUCAUGCGUCAGUUGGAACAUAAGGAUCAAACUGUGCCACAACGAUCGAUAGCUGACUCAAGGAUCCACGUGGUGGAUCUGGAGGAUCUAGUCUUGUUUGGCCUACAUUCUGGAGAUUGCAAUUUCUCGAAUUCCGUUCGUUUUGUAGUCAGUUUUGAUUAAGCUUUUUUUCGCCAAUGAUUUAUGUGAGGAGCGAGAAACGAAAACGUUACGCAAGCGCCGAGCAAUUAAGGACGUGUUGCGGUUUUCGCGUUGUAUCAGAGGACCGGGACAGUUUGUAACCGGUCAUCCGGUAGCGUAGCUGCAGUCACGACUAAUGAAAAUCCGUGCUUUUAUUUCAAUGCACCAUCGUUGUACCACUGUCGGGAUAUCGUGACACGGGUUUCGCGUUAGUAUCCAACGAUUGGAAUAACAAACAUAGUGUUUGUAUUUUAUUUUGCAUAUUUUUCUUUAGUUCCAUUAGUUCUAUAUCUCCUUUUUAUUCCGAAUAAUUUAUAUAUUAAAAAAUAAUAGCAAUCUUAUGACACUUUGAAUGUCACAAUAACGUGUAUAAUAAAUGUUUGGUAUACGUAAAAUUUGUAAACUUGCAACGUAAACUUGCAAAAGCUCUUAUUAUCCUUUCUCUCUUAUUUAUAUUUUUAUUAAAUAUAUUUAUUAUGGAAUCAAAUUCAAAUCCAAUGAAUUUGGAUUUUAAAUGCAAGCUUUAUUAAUUUUUUUAUUAUACUAUUUAAAAAAUGUUUUGUUGUUUCCUCAAAGUGAAGCAGCGAAUAUAGUGCGUCGAAGAUAACAAGAAUUACCUUCAGUUCAAAAGAUUGCAAAAGUGUAACAGUGACAAAGAGAUAACGUGGCGUGACAGAUUUCCCUAGGCGCAUAUGAAAUUCUCUUUGAGCCGGUUGUGCUAACGAUAUAGUGGCUUGGUUUUUGACAACGGUACGGACGAACGCUACGAUUAGAGGGAAGUUGUCUUUUCUCUAAGGUGAUAAUGUGACGCAAUAGAACGUGGGCGGCAACGAAAGGAUUUCUAUGAAAUCAAAGAUCCAGAUUAAUCAGCGUUUAACGUACAUUUGGUUAAUGGAGCGCAGCCUACGGAAGGGAACGCGCUGACGCGCUGCCAGCCGAGGACCGAGGUUCCUUGAGCUAGGAUUAGAAGGCAACCUAAAACCCAAACACUCCUGUCUUCAUCCCGGAUCGAUCGAAUCAUCGACGUGGGCUUCUCGAAGAGCGCCAAACUUCGCGCACCAGAUACCGCUUCGUGUACGCGUGCGAGAGAGUCGCUUUAAUCACGCGCUGCUCACAAAUCCGUGGAAAUCGAAAUUCGUGACUCUGCAUGAUAGCGGAUGCACAAAGAAGAGAAAGAAAAUCAGCGAGGAAAACCAACCCAAUCAUCCUUAAUCCCGGGUGAUCGGAAGAUUGUCUGCUGACAGAUUUAUCCUAUGUCUUGCGAAUGUUUGCCACUUGCUUGAGGGGCGCGAAGCUUGAGAUCGUGAAAGCGAGGAACUCGUCGGUAAAUUAAAGCGUGUAUCUAGACCGGUUGUUCGGACCAUCGAUAAUGCGGGGUCGUAAAAGUUGCAUGCGUGGAGCAUGAGGCGUGUCCGAAGAAUAAUGCAAUUCUACCAGCGGAAUCGAUGUCCUGAGAUGUAAAGCGAGAAACGCCAGAUAUUGACUCUUGCUACUGAGAAGAUCGGAAAUGCGUUUCACGAAAGUCUCUUAAACGAAAAACGACGUUGCGGACAUCGUGGUGUGCACGUUGACUUUGUGAUCAGGAGUGCCUGUGAUGGAAAAGUGUCUCCAUCGAAGAACCAAGAACGGCGUUUAAGGAGGUGUGUGUAUUACCUGAAACAAGUGAUCGUGCGUGCUACACGAGUGCUGUCCCGGGAAAGUGCAGAUUUGCCUGGGUAGUUUUUACGAAGCAGCUCGAUUUCCGUGACGUCACCGUGGAACGAUUUGGAAUAGCGUCGAAUCCGGCAAAUAUUUGUCGUGCUUCGAAAUCGAGUAGUUUAACGCACCACGAAGCAUCUCAUCGCGAUUCAAAGCUCGUCGUUGGACGUGAAACGAAAAAAAGGGGACUUUCCAUAUUGACGUCGCGAUAUCAAACGGAGCCGUAAAGACCUGGAGGAUUCGCAUCGGAACACCCAAAAUCGUGGUAUACGAGUAGUUGAGAAGCGAAAUCGGUAAUUAAAGUACCAGCGAAAGCACCAAGACGCGCAUGCCUCGAUAAUUAAUUACUUUCAAUGUAAGUUAGAAAAUUCGAGAGGUCUUCUCUUGGGAGCCGUUAAGAAAACUCGCAGAGUGACGCGCGCGAGGAAUAAUCCCUGAAUAGAGGCACGCUACGAGUAAAUUCUUAGAAUAAUCUCAAUUACCGAAGCUAUAAAGUUGUAUGAGCUUCGGCGCAGCUGCGGAGAAUCCCUUCGCGGGUUCGGUAUAUCCGAAAGUCCUUAAGAUCGCGGAAAUAUACGAGCGAAGGAAACGCCACGAGAUUUAAAGGUGUUCCACACCUGCGAGAAAGUCAAUCGCGUUCGAUGAACUCGGACGAACUAAAAUGCGGGUCGUGCCGCGUGUGCUUCGUUAAUCUGACGGCAAUCGUAAGCCGCAUAUCAAACUCGUACGUGCAAGAGCAAGUGUUGAAGAGAUCUCGGCGAUGCACCCGUGACGACGUGAUUGUUUCGUGAUUUGAGCACUGGGGAUUCAAACUCGACGCAGUUAAAAAUUCGGCUAGUCAACUCGUCUCUCACGACCGUCGCGGUACAUUUCAGCGGAAGAUAAUCGUGACAAAGAGAAUUCCCAACGGAAAUUAUUGAGGAAUUAUCGUGGAAAAAAGUUGCUUUCGAGUGUCCCGCACAAAGAGAAUCGGCAGGACGAUCGUUACUCGUCUACGAUCGUCAGCGUAUGACGGUCCUUAUCAAAGCGUUCGAGCAUCGAUAGCCUGUCGAUUCGUUCGAAUAUUCCACGGGAAGAGCAUCGUGAAAAGGGAUUCCUUUACAAAGGAAAAUCGCGCGACGCCAUCGCGGAGUUAUCGCGAAAAAACAUUCGGUCAGGGAGUCUGUGUACGAUCGUGACCGCGCGGGAGGGUUAUCGUUGGGAAACGAUAAUCGACCGACAGUCGACGAUUAUCGCCGCCGGGCAAAUGACGGACCUUAUCGAAGCCGACAUGUGAUGCAUCAGCGCACCGACGGAUGAGUGGCGCACGUGAUUGGCUACGAGAGAAUGAGGUGAUGUGUAUAUCGUUUGCGAAUGUUAUUCAGUGUUGGGAUGCUGUAGUGAGUAACUGUCAGUAAAAGCGACGAGUGCGAAAUAACGAAAUAAGUUUUAUCGUCGUUGUCGUCGUCGUCAUUAUCGUCAUCAUCGUCGUCGUCGUCGUCGUCCUCAGCGGAGGAGGGUGAGAACGGAGUCGCUCGAUAGAAGAAGCGUUCAGUAUGAAGGAUCAUCGAGGAGGAUGGCUGCGCGCCGCGCUGUCCCUGAUAACAUUCCUCACGCAUCAGAUGGAAUGCACGGCCAAGAACGGGAGAUCGGUGGUGGAGCACCAUCCGUCCUCUUACUGGGAACAACCCUUUAGUCAGCCUUACUUCGACAACACGACAAAGAGGGAGACCACAACCACCGUUGGGCAAUCCGCUUACCUGCACUGCAGGGUGCGCAAUCUUGGCGAUCGCGCGGUCUCGUGGAUCAGGCAGCGAGAUUUGCAUAUUCUCACUGUCGGUAUCCUAACAUACACGAAUGAUCAGCGUUUCCAAUCGUUGCACAGCGACGGCAGCGACGAGUGGACCUUGAAAAUCAGUUCGCCGCAAGUGCGGGACAGCGGAAUCUACGAAUGUCAGGUUUCGACGGAGCCCAAGAUCAGUCAAGCUUUCAACUUGAGCGUAGUAGUCUCGAAGGCAAAGAUCAACGGCAAUUCAGAGCUUUACAUCAAAAGCGGGAGCGACAUCAAUCUGACCUGCAUCGUGUUGCAAACGCCGGAACCACCGAACUUCAUCUAUUGGUAUAAAGGCGACAACGUGAUAAACUAUAGCCAACGAGGUGGUAUUAGCGUUGUGACGGAAAAACAAACGCGAACAUCACGUCUUCUGAUCAGUAGAGCGCUACCAGCCGAUUCAGGCAAUUACACGUGUGCACCAUCCACGGCCGAAUCAGCCAGCGUUCUCGUUCAUGUUCUCAAUGGGGAACAUCCGGCGGCCAUGCAGCACGGGAACUCUAGCAACAGCGGAGCGGCCACGAGGACGUUGGCGUUACUCCUAUUGCUUUUGCACGCCGGCUCCUUCGCGAGGUGACUGGUCGAUCAUGAGACGCUGCAAUAAGAGAGCACGGCCGAUAACUUCAUCCAGGCGAGAGCGAAACGACGAUAUAAGAAUAAUGUUCAAAGACCAGGAAGAAUGAGGAGGUGGCAAGGGGUAGCAUCAUUCACGCUAAUUACCACCUACCGAACUUUAUGAAUCAACCAAAUCUUCUUUCCGUAUAUUGCGAUCGAUUUGUCGGAAUAGCAAAUUGUACAGACAACAAAAAAUAGGAUGAUGCAUGAAGACUUUAACAGCGCGGAGAAUUCGCCAACUUCGCUCUCACUUCUGAAAUGUGAAUUGACAGCCAAUUCUGUUCACCAUUCAUGAUCCACUAUCCUUUUCUUGAACAACUUCCACACUCCGUGCUAUCGCAGGUAUUAUGAAACGAUCGUGCACCAUUAAUGUUACUAUCAAUACGAAUCCUUUGUGGAUGUGUGAACACGAAAAAGGAGCAAACUACAAAGAGCGUACAAACAGACUGAUUUGUCUUGAGAGGAUGAAAAAUCUCCUUUACUUCGACAUUUGCGGAUAACAUAGAGUUAGCAUUUGUUUUUCCUAAUGCGAUGCCUGCAGAAUGUGUGGAGAUCUAUCGGUGAACGCAACUGAUUCGGACUUAAAGAGGAUUGUUCUAUUUGGAUACAAUGCUUAUCGGACACGACAAUUUUUAACAACCAACUGCAAUUGCAUUUGUACAUGAUUAUAUUCGGACAUGUUAGUAUUUAGAUACAGUUAAAAUUCAAGACGGACUUGUCAGUUGCAUGCAAAUUAAAAUACACUAAAUAAAUUACAAAAAUGACAAAAAUGAUUUUUAUAUCUAAUUGAUAAUUCUAAAUUUUACUUUGCUCCGAAGCUACGAUAUGAGCUGCAUUUUGUUUUAUGUAUAUCAAAAUACAAAGACCUAUCUAGAAUAACGUCCGAACGCAAUCGUGUAUAAAUACAUUUGGUUGUAAAAAGCUUGCGUUUGGGAUGUUUCCAAUUAAAGAGGUAAGAAGUAAUGUAUUUUUGGUUUCUGACCAUCAGAUCGAUUGGUAAUUCAUAAAGAAACUAAGAAAAAUGGAAGGAUCUCCUCCUUCCUAAUUUUUAUAAGUUCUAAAUAUGUUAAAAUAUAACUUAAGAUAGAAGAUGCAUAAUUUUAAAAGUGUUUAGUUUUACAUUAAGAGGUUGAGAGCCUUGGUUGAAGCCCUUUAAAAAUAUUACUUCUUUUCUAACCAAAUAACAUCGAAACGAGAUAAGAGAUGUUAAAAAAUCUUUCUAACAAAACACUCUGGUAAUUAUUUACUUUAGGGGACAUCUCGUCGAUGACUUCACUUUGAUCUCGAUUUGAUCUCGACCUUGAUCUUGACAUAUAUUGGAUUAGGAUUUCUUAGAGAUAAGAGGGAAGGACUUUGCCUCGCUCACAUAUUUAUACUAAAAUUUUUUAAAUUGUCUAUAUUAUAAUAAACUUACAGUUUCCAGUUAAAUUCCAGUGAGGAAUUUUAGACGCGUCUUUUUAUAGAGGCUAAAUCUUCUUGCUGAAAGAAAUAAAUUGAAGAAAAUCUCGAGGAAAGAGAAAGAAAAAGCUAUGUCGUAAUAUCGAACAUUUGGUUAUCAUUAUUGUCGGAUUGAAAAAAGUUGAUCGGUGCAAACAAGAGAAGCAGAAAGAAAUUACUUAUCGAUCCUUAAGUCAAAGUAGAAAACGAUUUAUGACGGAAGUAAUUAGCGAGCAGCGCAAUCUUAUAAAUAUAGAUCGUUUUCGAUCGCUUUAUUGUCGUUAAAUUAGCAUUGCUUGCUCAGAUAAAUGAGGGGUGCGCAGAAUGUGAAUAAUUUUAAGAUUUAUUUCAUUUUUAUUACCGUUAUUUUAUUUUUCUCUGAAUUCUUCUUCACAAAAACAUUUGGAACAUGGAUACAAAUAAAGAUCCUUUAGCUUGAGGAUUUAUCUUUUCAUUAAAGCAAGAAAAGUCGGUUUUGCUGGAUUAUUUUUUAAAAUUUUAUCGAAUAGUAGAAGAAUUAAAUGAUCCGAGAGAUCGCGAUGAAAUUCUACGCAUCUCUAAAUGCGAUAUCCAGAAGUGAUCGAUAGAUCUCCAUCACGAUGAGGAAACAGUGUAAUGCGAUUGUAUGUUCCUGGAGAAGAGUUCUCGACGACGAUUGUUCUGUUAGUCAUCGGGUAUGCAAUUGAAUUUUUGUAAAAUCAUCUAUGCCCUUUCUCUCCCGUUUUCUUCAAAACUUCAUUCAUUCAUUCUCUGCCCCACGCUUUUUUAUACGUCGAGCAAGAUUUGUCCUUGUUAGUAUUUGUAAAUUACUCUCGCUCACGCGAAUGCUGUUAUUCCUGCUUCUGUGUAUUCCAAAAAAUAAAAGCGAAACGUACUCGGACGUAGAUGCAAGUAAUUAAAUGACUCGCAUCUCGAAUCUACGUUCUAGCUGUGAACGAAUAUGAGAAUGACUGGUAGUGAGUAAGUUUAAUCUGAUUGUUCGAGAUCAAUUACUUGUUAGAGUAUACGAGCGAUCAGCGUACGCUCUUAGCGACACUAUUCGAAAGACGUUAAAUUAACAAACAUACCAUUAAUGUAUAUAUAAGCGAGCAGUACUGAAUUUGUCAUUUAUGUUGAAUCCGAUUGUACCAGAAUUCGUAAGGCGAUUAAAAAAAGGAAAAAUAAUGAUUAUUUGUGGGAGA